UAAGUAUAACGGACGGGUCGAUUUCCCCGCACUUUCUACCCAGACGUCGAACAGGACCGAACUCACCGCCAUGUUGUGGACUAUUUUUCUUGCUGCCGGAUUUGGCAUUGCAGCCUCUCAAUCAACCUGCCAGAACAUCAACCCGCUGUGCGGCGCCAGCCCGGGCUGGCCUCUGACCUCCAUGUGCACCACCCACGACUACGUCAUGCAGAACUGUCCCGAGUUCUGCGGCACAUGCACGUGCGCCACGGACCCCCGCGGGCCAUGCUACAACGGCGGGAUCCGGGGCGGCAACCCGGCCAACUACAACGAGCACACCUGCGACUGUAACUGUGUAGGUGCCUGGACAGGGGACCUGUGCCAAACCUGCGGCCUGCAGUGCGCGAACGGCGGUAUCCUUGACUCCAGCACGUGCACCUGCCGGUGCCAGCCCGGGUGGGACGGACCCACGUGCAGCGAUGUUUGCCAGGACGACAGCCCGAACUGCGGCGCGAACCCUGGCUGGCCCACCACCGCAUCCUGCGGGACCGACUACGUGCUCGACCUGUGCCACAAGUUCUGCGGGGUUUGCCAGGCCGCCGGAAGCGGUACCGUUGUAACCCAGGCAACAACCACCACCACGCAAGCUAUAGUUACGACAAGGCCAACGCAGGCUACAACUCACGUCCAGGUUGUCCCAACAGGCAGUUGUCCCACUGGAUUCCUGCAGCUGCCCAACAAAAACAUCUGCAUCCGGGCCUUCAGCGAGGAGAAGUCCUGGUACGACGCGGGAAACACCUGCGCCACUUUCGGGGGCACGCUAGUCAUGCCCAAGAACGAGGAUAUUCACCAGUUCUGUCUCAUUUUGAAAAAUGGUGCGGACGCCAACGCCAAAUUCUGGAUUGGAAUCACUGAUAUUGGGACGGAGGGCAGCUGGCGUUACGCGGACGGGACGGCAGUGGUGGGCUUUAACAAGUGGAACACCGGGGAACCGAACAAUUCCGGAGGAGACGAGGGGUGCGGGGAGUAUCUCCCGGCCGGUCAGGAUACUUGGAACGACUUGAACUGUGGCACUCCGCAGAAAUUCCUCUGCCAGACAAUUCUACCCUGAGGAACCUGCUGUUCACCGGUGUCAGUGUGACGUGUACAGCAACGCAAGCCAGAAGAAACGAAGAGGCAGCAUUGAUGUGGAAUAUGAGAAAUAAAUUGCAUUAGAUAAACAAUAAACGCAAUAAAUAAUUGAUGCACUGGCCAAACGGAGCUAUGGUGAAGUCAAACAA